UCUCAUAAGAUGUGAUAUAUAUACCGGGUAUUGUGAGUUGAUUAUCUUAUUUUACUCGCACUGUGAGGAAGUACAUUAUAGUACUUUGUCUGCUAUUUUUACUUUGUUAAAGAAACUUUUCUAGUGAAAGUGAUCUCUGAGCGAAGCAACGGACAGCCACUGAAGUGCCACAAGCUUCGUACACGGGAAAAGAGUUUAGAUGUCGAAAAUUGGUUUACAAUCAACGAGUACGCUGAAAAGAUUCAACUGAUAUCGACACGCUGAACCAAUCCUAUAUUCAAUUCAAGAUGACUUAUUAGUUGAGCCUAGUUUGUAACUUUAGGUCCUUGAAAGUGAAACCCGAAUCUCUCGUUUUCAUUGAAACAAAAUUUUUAUUCUAUAUUACAUUGGACACAAAAAUCAUCCACGAGUAGUCAAAGUGAAAGUAAUCAUUGUAUGAGAAGGAGUACAAUACAAGAUUCACGGCGUCCUUUGAUAGCAUCGUAAAUGACAUUUCCCAAAAUUUUCAUCAAUAAAUUAGAAAAGCUAAUACCCUUUGACCCCUUAUAUUUUUCCAGCUGUAGAAGAUGGCACAUGAUAAUGUAAAUAUGGAACUUGACAAAAUAAAAGUCAUCGAGGAUAAAGUAAAAUACACAGUUUUCAAUGAUCCUGUUCAUGGCACCAUUUCUCUUCACCCAUUUCUGGUUAAAAUAAUUAACACACCACAGUUUCAAAGGCUCCGAAAUAUCAAACAACUUGGAGGAGCUUACUUUGUCUACCCAGGUGCUUGUCAUAACCGAUUUGAGCACAGCAUUGGAACAGCGCAUUUGGCAGGAAAACUUGUCCGCCAGUUGAAGGAAAAUCAACCAGAGCUUGGACUUGAUGAAAAAGAUAUUCUUUGUGUGGAAAUCGCUGGUCUUUGUCAUGAUCUUGGCCACGGCCCAUUUUCCCACUUGUUUGAUAAUAAAUUCUACAAGGCAGUGGGAGCAAAGAAAAUUCCGCAUGAAAAGAUCUCGUAUGAAAUGUUGGAAUAUUUAAUCGUGGAUGAAAGAAAUCGAUUCGAUCAAGUAGAUCUCCAAUUUGGUGAAAAUGAUUGGACUUUCAUAAAAGAAAUGAUCACCGGGGAAAAAGAUGUAAAUAAUCCAGGACGACCGUCUGGAAAAGAGUUUCUUUAUGAGAUAAUUUCCAAUGAGCGAAAUAAAGUUGAUGUGGACAAGUGGGAUUAUUUUGCUAGAGAUUGCUAUCAACUUGGAAUGCAGAAUGGCUUCGAUCACAAUCGUUUCAUGACAUUUAUGAGAGUAAUAGAGGUAGACGGAAAGUGGCAAUUGUGUGUUCACAAGAAAGAAUGCUUCAAUCUAUACCAAAUGUUUCACACGAGGUAUUGCCUCCAUCGUAGGGCUUAUCAACACCCCGUUGUUAAUGCCGUUGAGGAAAUGUUCACCGAGGCUUUGGUUCAUGCUAAUGAACACGCUGCUAUCGAUGGUAAAAAUUUGUCAGAAUGUGCAGACGAUUUAGGUGUCUUCAUGAAGCUUGAUGAUGGUAUUUUUCAUACAAUUUUGAAUUCGACACAGGAGAAGUCAAGAGAAAUACUUGAAAGAAUAAUGAGAAGAAAAAUUUAUCAGACAGUGGCAAACGAGAAGAUGAAGGAUCACCAACAAAAGUACACGGAAGAAAUUAUAAAGAAAGAGAUUGGUUCCCAACAAAAUCUUGAGGAACAUUUGAUUGUAAAAAUAGUAGAGCUGAACUACGGAAUGAAAGAAGAGAAAAACUAUAAUUUUUAUCUUAAAAACAGCCGGGAUGUUGCUUCACCAAUUCCAAAAGACGAAAUUUCUAGCAUGCUACCACCUGUAUUCGAAGAAUUUCGGUUGCAAAUAUUCUGUAAAAAUCCAAAAAAGUUUAAGGACGCUAAGGACGCAUUUAAAUCUUGGUGGGAAAAAGAAAUGCAGGAAGCACUCAAAAGAAAGUCAGAUGACAAACCAGGUACUAGUAAGAGAACCUGUGAAGAAGAAACAAUUUCAGCACACAAAUGAAAGAGACAUAUUUAGACUGGAUCACAUAUUAAAACCACAAGUUAUGCUUUGAAUUGUACAUUUUGAAUGUUAAAAAACUUAAUUCUACAUUCAACAAAUAUAGUUUAUACUACUGCUUUGACUAUUAUUU